AUGUCACCUCGGGGCAAAAUGGUUCAACCAAUUGAAACCCCGCGACAAGCUUUUCUCGCUCAUCCCCUCACAGUGAUUCUUGUUGGCAUUAUUUUGAGCCUAUUAGUGCGAAGAUUGCUCUGGAAUUUAAAGCAGCGAGAGCUGGAACGACUCCAUGGCUGCGAAAGGCUUCACAAUGAAGGCGGUUGCCUUCGAUACGACUUUCUCGGUAUCGCCAAGGCUAUUAAAUUAGGGUUUCAUUUCAGGCGUCGAACCUCCCUUCCCUACACCAAUGCCCUGUUCAAGAGAUACGGAGAGACUUAUGCUUCCAAUGUCCUCGGUUAUCGGCUCAUAUUUACCUGCAGUGCAGAAAACAUCAAACAUCUCUUAUCUACCGCAUUUGCCGAUUUCGACAGUUCCCCCCUACGAAAGCCCUUAUUUCAACCUAUCACUCCAGAUGGCAUUUUCACCCUCGACGGUCCAGGAUGGAAGAAAAGCCGAGACCAGUUGCGCAGUCGGCUUUCAAACCUCCGCAAGAUUGUUGAUUUGAACCAAUGCGAGCGUCAUUUUCAGGCUUUUCUUCAACAUGUCCCGCCCAAUGGGCAGGCGUUCGACGUUCAAGCUUGUGCUUUUGCUCUGGCUUUGGAUAUGCAGACCUUAUUCUCGCUAGGGGAGUCGGUUGAUGCACUUAGCUUUUGUCAAUCCAGAGAAAAGAAGCAGUUUCUAGAGGAUCUGCUUUUUGUCAAGGAGAAAAUUGUGCAGGAUGGUUUUCGUGGCCCGCUGCGUUAUCUUUACCCUAAGCGACGGUUUCUGCAUUGCUGUAAGAGGGCACGGAGAUAUGUGAUAGCUCAUGUAUCUCGGCAACUCACAGGAUGCAGUAGCAUGAGCGAGAAAGCCGAAGGAGCUCAGCCCACCAACGCGGAGGAAGAGGUGUCUCUGUUGGCAGACCAGGCGCUGAGUAUCCUGCUCGCAAAUGACAGCAUGAGCACCACCCUCUCGGGUCUUUUCUUCUGCCUUUCUCAGGAUGAGCGAGUUGUAAAGAAGCUAACAGCAAGCAUUCUUGACACUGUUGGGUUGGAACCUCCGACGUGGGGCCAACUCGGAACUCUACACUACGUCCGUUGGGUACUCCAGGAAGCGAUGAGACUCUUCCCUGCAGUUGUUUUCAACGCCAGGGUAGCCAAUAAGAAUUCCACGCUGCCAACCGGUGGUGGGACUAACGGCAACUCCCCAGUUCUUAUUCGGAAGGGUGAAAUCGUGGUCUUUUCCACCUGGGCUAGGCAUCGCCUCGGGAAAGACUUUGGCGAGAAUCCAGACGAAUUCUAUCCGGAACGGUGGGAACAUCUAAGUGGUGACAUGAUUGGUUUUAUCCCGUUUAACAAGGGGCCUCGAGCCUGUCCUGGUCAGCAUUAUGCCAUGAUUGUGCUCACGUACAUUGUGGCUCGAAUAUUUCAGACAUUUUCAACGGUCUCUAAUUAUGAUACACGAGAAUGGACGGAGAGGAUUAGCAUGACGCUUGAGAACGAGAAUAGGGUUCUCAUAGGUUUGAGUUAA